AAAUGGAUGUAUUUUUGUUUUGCAGUAAACUCAUCAAACCAAAAACAACGCUUUAAAGUUAAACUUGAUGAAUCAAGCCAACAAAGGAGUGUUCAGGAUAAACCUUCAGAAUUGUCUGGUGACAUGAAAAAGUUGGACAUUGAAGAGAAAGGAUAUCAGAAGGAUACAGGCAAAAAAACAAGCGAUAAACAAUCGGUCAGCGAUGAAGAAAUUACACAGGAGAGCUUGAAUACAGAAUCUGAAUCACUUAAAGGGAAUGAAGCUGCUGCCUUUGUGGAAAAAGAAGAGGAAGUAGUUGAAGACAGCAGACAAAAUGUUCCUGAGAAAUCAGAAAUAUCAGGAAUCAUACGAGUUUCCAAAGAUGUAUCUGGUGCUCCAGAGAAAAAAAUUACCAUGGUAGACUUUGCGGGACAGUGUUCAUAUUAUGCCUCACACCAGAUUUUUCUGAGUCCCCGUGCAUUCUUCAUUCUAGUGCUGAAUAUGGAGAAGAAGUUUGAUGAUAAGGUUGGAAAAGAAGUCUGUAGCCAGGAAGGUUCAAAUUACGAAGGGUGGACACACAAAGUGCCGAAUAUGGAGAAGAAGUUUGAGGAUAAGGUUGGAAAAGAAGUCUCUAGCCAAGAAGGUUCAAUUUACGAAGGGUGGACACACAAAGUGCCGCAUAUGGAGAAGAAGUUUGAGGAUAAGGUUGGAAAAGAAGUCUCUAGCCAAGAAGGUUCAAUUUACGAAGGGUGGACACACAAAGACUAUCUCACGUUCUGGGCCACGUCCAUUCAUCAAUACAGCAGUGAAAAGGCUCCCGUGUUACUGGUGGGCACUCAUGCUGAAAAAAAGACGAAAGAGGAAAAAGAAAAGUUUUUUCGUGAUAUAUGGACGAUCUUGGAAACAAAUGAUGCUUCUCUGCAAAGGCAUAUUGACAGGAAAAGGAUGUUUGCUGUUGGAUUCCAUGAAAAUGAAAGCAUUGAAAAAAUCAAGCUGUCAGUUGUUGAUGUUGUCCGAAAUCUUGAUCACUGGGGUGAAAAACUUCCGCACUCCUGGGCAAUGUUUGAAAACUUCUUCCAGGAAAAGAAGAACCUUAAAGUAAUAAAUAAAGAGACACUUUUGGAUUUCAAUGACGCAUUGCCACAGGAACUGAAGUUGGAAACGAUCGAAGAUAUUAACACUAUGCUGCAGUUUUUCCAUGACAUAAGAGAAAUUUUACACUUUAACCAAGAAUCUCUGAGAGGAAUCAUAAUACUUGAUGUUCAAUGGUUUGCAGAUGCAUUCAAAAAUGUCAUUACCGAUAAAAACCAUGCAGCAGAGGAUUUAUUUGAGCUUGCCUCACAAUGGGACAAAUUUAAUGAAAGUGGAGAACUGAGUGACACACUGCUGUCUGCGAUAUGGGAAAUGAACAACAAUGGGUUCCUUGAGCACAAGGAUGAAAUCAUGCGCUACAUGGAGAAGCUUGGUCUUCUGGCUAAAAUGGAUGACAAAAGAUGGUAUGUUCCAUGUAUGAACAAAAGACCGUUUCCUGUUCACAGAUUUUCAGCAUACCCUGCCUCCUCCAUUCUCUGUUUUCUGUUUGAUGCUCUUCCGGUGGGUAUUUUCCAGCGCCUUGUAGCGAGAUGCAUGGAAUUCCCUUGGGCUCUUGUCAAAGAAAUUAAAGAUGGGAAAGAACGUCCACUUAUUUACCAGACUGCAGCUGUUUUCCUGUUCGAGGACGAUCAUAACAUUUUGCUUGGAAUGACCCCAACGGAGAUCCAGUUGCAGGUGUUUGUAAGCGAGGGAGACGUGGAUAUAUCGACAUGUUUCCAGAUAAGAGAAAAAAUCGAGAGUGAAUUGUAUACUCUUUCCAGUACUUUCCAAAGAAACUUGAAAUUUCACACUGCCUUCAAAUGCAAACCUGAAGGGUUCUGUGAUAACAACAGAAGUGCGGUGAUAUACGAAUCGGACCUCAGAGGGCCGACUUUUCAGUGUCCUUCAUGUCCAGAGGGGAAAAAACAUAUUGUUUGCAUAAAAGAUAUCACCAAAUACUGGAUACAGGUGCAGCAGUUGGAGAAUGAAGAUGAGGGGGACAUUUCCAACUCGUCAAUUGAAAUGAUUUUAAAUGCGGUAUCAAGAAAACUAGUGAACAUCACCUCUCCAAUACUUGCGACGUAUUUUGGUGUCACGGAACAACCUCCUACAAUGUGUGUGGAAGAGGAUAGAUUCAGAAUCCUCUACAAAUGGAAAUGCGCCAACUCAACCGUGGAUCACAAGAAAGAGUUGGAGAGAAUUUUACGGGAGGCUGAACAAGAAGAAGCCGCGGAUUAUGUUGGCACUUUUCGGGUGUCAGACUUUGUAUGUAGUGACUUAAUGGAACCUAAUCGCUAUGUUUCAAACAAAGAAUGUCGGAUGUUGUCCGAGAAGCUUUCUAAAGAGUAUACUCAUUUGGUGCGAUUUUUACGUCUGCCUCACGUACGUAUAGAACAACUUGAAGCCGAUGUACGUACGAUUAGAGAAAGGAUAUAUAAGUCUCUUCUUAAAGUGAGAGAAGAGUGUCCAAAUCUGAGCCGCCGUGACUUAUGCAGAGCUUUGAAUUUCGUAGAGCGAAGUGAUGUUAUUGAUUAUCUCAAAGAGCAGUGGAAAUAAAUACUAGAAACCUUGAACAAACAGAAUAAACAGAAUAAACACGACGCCUAUUGUAAUGUUGCAUUCUGUGCAUUGUUACAAAUUGCAGAUAUGUAGAGCAGUCUUAAAGGGGCUGGGACACAGGUUUAUUGUGUACAUUUCAAAAUUCUAUAAUAAUUGGCAUUUUUCUUUAUACCAUUAUUUUUUUUUUAACUGCUCUAAGUACGAAUCGUGUGAUAGUGAACUUUUUAGACAAUAUAACUAAAAUUGUAUGUCCAGGUCCCUGCAAUUGACUUUUUAUAAUUAUAUUAAAAAAACAUUGUAAUGUACCUUACAUUUGGUAGUAUGCUUGUGCAUGUAUAGAUUGAUGUUUAUCAUAUGUCUUGUUGUCACGUGACUUUAUAACUGCUUAUGUCUUUAUGCUUAAUUCUUUUAAGUUUGUCAGCCAUUUGAUGAAUGAAUGAGCAAACUUAUUUUUAUUAUGUAAUGCACUAGUGAAUUUAGGGAAAUAUUUUAAUUUAAUGAUUCUUAUUGGAAUUUGAUGGAUGGUCCAGAAUCUUCAAAAUUUUAUUAUACCCCCUGCAAACGAAGUUUGGGGGGGGGGGUAUAUAGGAAUCACCUUGUCCGUCUGUCCAACUUUCUGUCUGUCUGUCUGUCUAGCUGUACGUCUGUCCGUCCGUCCGUCCGUCUGUCUGUGCAAUCGUGUCCGGUCCAUAUCUUUCUUACAGAGGGACAUUAGAAUCUACUACUCCACACUAAGAUUGCUCAUGACCUAAGGGUGUGUCAUGACCUUGACCCAAGGUCAUUCGGGGAAGUUCAAGGUCA